CGCCUUUUUGAAGAACCUGAUCCAAGUAUCUGUUCCUCUUCGCUACUUGACUUGACAAAUGGAGUGGAAGGUUACUUUCAGAAACCUUUACGCUUUUACAGUCAGCAAGACGCUGACCCCUCCAAAGCUAAAAUGCAGGAUAUUCGUUUUAAAGGAUCUUUAAGCCAUUCCAACGGGUAGCCUAACUAUACUUUAAAAUAUAUUUGGUCGUUUGGAUUAACGGAGACCUCGGAUGAUAAAAUGGAAACAAAGUUACACACCCAGUUUACGCCGGUUAAGGACUUUUGCCGUUUUUCCAUGGGGUGCCAUUGGGGUGCCACGUUUUUGCAUUAAAUAGGCGGAUGCCUGCACUAAACCAUGCCAGCAUCCGAGCUACAAUUUAAUUCCGUCUGCGACGUCAGCCUAUAUUCUUCGAUUAUUCACGUCUAGUCAAUAGAAGUGAAGGAAACCUUCGUGCCAAACACUCCUUAAAACAUGACCCCAAGGAAACGGACUCACCUACUCCUUUCCGCCGUCCUGACGCUGUCGUUCAUUAUAGUUCUCGUGGCGUUUCAACAGCGGGACAGAAAUGCGCACAGACGCACCCCAGAGCUCCCAUCCAGCCCCGAGCGCCCUGCGCGCGCAAAAACGGGACCGGCGCACCAAGUGGUCUCAGAUAAGAGUGAAGACCCGAGAAAAGAGACGUCAAAGACACGCGGCCCGCCGGUGUUACAGACCAAGGACAUUUUCCUCGCGGUAAAGACCACGGGCAGGUUCCACAGCAGCCGCCUGGCGCUCCUGCUGCAGACGUGGAUAUCCAGGACUAAGGAACACACAUACAUCUUUACUGAUUCCCCAGAUGCGGAGAUCAGCUCUAGAGGUUUCAACAUCAUCGCCACGGGCUGCUCUCCGGAGCACAGCCAUCAGGCUCUGUCCUGCAAGAUGGCUGCCGAGUACGAUCACUUCAUAGCCUCCGGAAAGACUUGGCUGUGUCACGUCGAUGACGACAACUACGUGAACCCCGAUGUGCUGCUGUCUUUUCUCGCCGCGUUUCCAUUGGACAGUGACAUCUACGUGGGCAAACCCAGCCUGGACCGACCAAUGAAAGCCCAGGAGCUGCUAAAGGGAAACAAGACGAGGGAGGUGGAGUUCUGGUUCGCCACUGGUGGAGCAGGUUUUUGCAUAAACAGGAGGCUGGCAGAGAAGAUGGCGCCAUGGGCGAGUGGGCCAAGGUUUGAGCAGACCUCAGCGUUAAUCCGGCUGCCUGAUGACUGUGUGAUGGGCUUUAUCAUAGAGCGGCGUCUUGGUGUCUCCAUGAUACAGAGCAGCUUGUUCCACUCACACCUGGAGAACCUGAAUCUGCUCACGCCCAGAGACGCCCGCACACAGGUCACUCUGAGCUAUGGGUUAUUUGAAAAUAAGAUGAACAGUGUGGAGCUGAAGGGGGUGUUCACAAAGGACGAGGAUCCAUCUAGGUUUAAAACGCUUCACUGCCUCCUGUACCCUGUAACCACUUGGUGCCCGUGACCCCCCGAAUCCCAGACGUAACCCUGGAGAGUUAUCAUGAGAUCAGUGGCUAGCAACGCUAGCUAGCUAUGCACUGCUAUGCUUGUAAAUGACACGGACUUUGCAUUCAUGCCUGUUUGCCUGUAAGCUUUCUCCCUAAGGCGGUGUUACAAUAAGCCAGAGCAGGCUGAGAAAGCUAAGUGAUUACUUGAAGGUGAACUGAGUUUCCGAACUCCCUAGGGACUACCGCAGGGUUCUGGCGUCUGCAGUGUGCUGCUGAUGCCAGCGGAAGAGCGGUAACACUGCGACAGCAGCAGCGAGACAUGCACACGGCACACGCGGUGUAAACAACAGUGUAACAAUGCUGGUAUGUUGCUAUGGUUUUAGUCAACCAAUCAGAAACCGGCAUGCUUCUUCGCUGACCCGUGGUUGGGCCAGGCGUAGCUAGCUGUCUGCAUUGUCUAGCAGUGCAAAUUGGCGAUAAGGUUGGGACUGGUGGCCAUCAGUCUGCAUUUGCCAGUGAUAAAAUCUUUUUGAUUGCUCUUUAUUGUAUUGACUUUAAUAUCAGUUUUUUUUUUUUUUUUUUAAAGAUUCUGUCAAGAUACACUGAAAUGUGUUUCAUUGUGUGCCACGGGUAUGUGGUACGGACCAACGUCAGAGUGCAGCAGGCUGUUAAUGUAGUGACUGUUAACCCUGACCAGGUCAGAGUGCUGAAUGCUAAGUCCUUUUAGUUUUUAGUGCUGCAACAAGACUGUGCGUUUGUGUGCGUGCUGCUCCAAUAAUGCACAAAGUCACUUCACCUGUUUUCUGCAAACAUGAAACGUCUUUAAGCUCGCAUCAUGAGUGGCUGGACUUACAAAAGCAAUAAAUCAGUUGCAUAAAUGUGCUGCUGUAUUACCACCCAUCACUCCCACCUCCUUUUCUUCCCCCAAGGGAGAUGAUCUUAUUUCUGAGGGAGAUGACCCGCUACUCAUGCCAUUUUGCCAUCACCCACUUCAAUAAAAUGGGGUCAUUGGCAUUCACCACACUGGCAGCCUCUGGGACAGAAAUAGACUAAAGUAAAUGAGCCAGAGUGAAGGAGCUGCCUUCUUAAUUUCUGCCUUCGGCUAACCAUCCUGGGUUGUGCUGGAGGCGGGAUGAGGGACACAUGUAAGCAGCACGAACUGCAGACUGGAUCAGGUUAAAACCGGGCUGGAUGUGUGUGUGUGUGUGUGUGUGUGUGUGUGUGUGUGUGUGUGUGUGUGUGUGUGUGUGUGUGUGUGUGUGUGUGUGUGUGCAUGCCCACGUGUGUGUGGGGUCAGUACACCCAGUUGGGGUUGAUCCUCUUGAUGAAGGCCAGAUGGACAGACAUCACUUGGCAGAGUAACCGCACACACCUGCCAGCCCUGUGCUCUCUGCCGCCCCAGGGCCAGAGAAGAGGAAAGCUGUCUAGCUGUGCUAGACAGGAAUAAUGAACAACAGAGCAGGAGACACAUUUAUCAUCUUCAGCUUCCUCUCCUCUUCAUCCUAAAUGGCUUCUAUUAGAGCAGUGCACUGGAUGUCCAAUCUAGCAGAAACAGCCGUAGAGGAGGAGCUUCAUUAAGACCUGCGCCUGAUUCACCGUGCCUCUCAAACACACACAGAUAAGACGAACCCUCUGGGGACCAGACACCUGCUGCAGUUAAGAAAUGAUGGUUAGCCAAUGAAGAGGUGCAGUUUCUUCUUUAGCUUGACAUUUGAUUGGUAGAGCAGCUGGUCACUGAGUGCUCAGGGUCAGAGCUGUACAGGGACGAGGAUGGUGUACUGAUAUGAACGUACGUGCACACACGCGCGCGCACACAAACACACACGCGCACAUGUACACAUGCGCACACACACGCGUGCAUACACA